AUGGCGCGAGCCCGGUUUACCUACCUUUUGGGCACUCUUGCUCUUCUGUGCGGGGUAUAUGCUAUCGGCCAAGAUACAUGCGUCACAUUCCAAUCUUCCAGCAACACCUUUGCGAUAGUAGACAACAAAAAGGCCUCGCCCAUCCUCAUUUCUUCGGACGACUGGCCUGGUGUUCAGAUCGCUGCUGCAAAUUUCCAGGCUGAUAUAGAACGUGUCACCUCUGUCAAACCGUCUCUAACUAACUUCACCAUUCCAUCUACACCAAACAAUGCCGUGAACUCCUCGUUGCCAGGCGAUGCACCUGCUCCCAAACCACCUGCUGGCGCCUCCCCAAUCAUUAUAGGAACCCUUGGGAAAUCCUCCCUCAUCGACCAGAUCGUGAAGUCCGCCAAAUUGGAUGUAUCUUCAAUUGAUGGAAAAUGGGAGUCAUUCAUGACCCGUGUCGUCAGCAACCCACUUCCUGGAGUAGCUAGUGCCUACGUAAUUAUUGGUGCUGACAAGCGCGGCACGAUCUUCGCGCUAUAUGACCAUUCUGAACAAUUUGGUGUAUCCCCGUGGUAUUGGUGGGCCGAUGUUCCAACCACUACACAAGCAAGCAUUUUUGUUGCGAACUCAGGAUGUUCACAUGGCACACCUUCUGUCAAGUACCGUGGUAUAUUUCUCAAUGACGAACAACCAGCUUUACAAAACUGGGCAGCAGAAAAGUUUACCAAUGGGACCGGAGCGCCGUUCACUGGCAGCCCUUUUAACCAUGUAUUUUAUACGAAGUUAUAUGAACUCAUUCUGAGGUUGAAAGGAAAUUACUUGUGGCCCGCUAUGUGGGGAAGCGCCUUUGGUAUUGAUGAUCCGCAGAAUCAGCCAUUGGCGGAUUAUUAUGGUGUUGUGAUGGGAACAAGUCAUCAAGAACCAAUGAUGCGUUCCACUCCUAAUGAGUUCAAUGUCUUCGGUAAAGGACCUUGGGACUACACCAUAAAUGCUGACAACAUCAACGCGUUUUGGAUGGCUGGAGCUCAACGCGCUAGGCCAUUCGAAUCUGUGUAUACGAUUGGCAUGCGAGGCUUUGGUGACUUGCCUCUUUCGGAAAAUACGAAUAUUGCCCUCCUCGAGAGUGUUAUUGCUAACCAAACGCAAAUUCUACAACAAGUUUACAAUGAAACCGAUGUGUCAGGUAUCCCUCAGAUCUGGGCUCUCUACAAGGAGGUAGAGGGAUACUACGACGAUGGAAUGCGUGUUCCUGAUUACGUGACUUUACUUUGGUCAGACGAUAACUGGGGAAAUGUUCGGCGGUUCCCUACGAUAUCUGAACGGAACAGGACAGGAGGUGCUGGUGUCUAUUACCACGUCGACUAUGUCGGAGACCCAAGAGAUUACAAAUGGAUCACGAGUUCACAAAUCGAGAAGAUUCAUCAACAAAUGUCCCUUGCAAUCCAGCGUCAAGCUGACCGCCUUUGGAUUCUGAAUGUUGGUGAUCUCAAGCCAUACGAACGAGAAACCGAGUUCUUCCUCAGUUACGGAUGGAAUGCGACUCGCUGGACACCUGCCAACGUGCAGUCGUUUGUCAGCCAGUGGGCCACUCGCGAGUUCGAUUUGUCACAGCAAGACACGGUCACCGUUGCCAAUAUCGUCGCUAAUCUGACAAGAUUCAACGCCCGACGGAAGCCGGAGCUGUUGAACUCGACAACAUACAGCUUGAUCAAUUACAGAGAAGCGGAUAAUGUACUGGCGGAUUGGGCAGCUCUUGAGGCGGCGUCAACCAAAAUUUAUAAUAGCUUGUCAAAGACCAUGCAACCGGCUUUCUUCCAACUUGUGCACCAUCCGGUCAUUGCGAGCAGCAAUGUCGCUAAGAUGUUGAUCACAGCAGGACAAAAUAAUAUGAGGGCGUCCCAAGCCAGAUUGAGCACAAACCAACUGGCGGAUACAGUCGAGCAAUUGUUUGAACAUGACUUUGACAUUGAGACGCAGUAUCACACUAUUCUUGAUGGAAAAUGGGAUCAGUACGUUCUUUUCUGGCAGUCUUUUUGGCUCUCUGUCAAUAACAUUAUUAACCUGAACGACACAGAUCUGGGAUACUUUUACUGGCAACAGCCCAUGACCAACAGCAUGCCGAUGAUUUCCAGAGUUCAAUCGAAAAAGAAUGCCCUUGCAGGAGUCAUGCGAAUUGUACCCGAAGGUACUCUAGGUGCCUGGCCGGGAGAUAACCCUAAUCAAUGUGCGCAAGGAUACAGCUGCCCGCCACCCUCCGUCACUUUGGAUAAUUUCUCACCUAUUGCUGACCGCUACUUUGACGUUGGCGCCGGUGGACCUACUCCUUUCACAUUCACUGCCACCAGUAAUGUGACUUGGUUGAAGCUUACGCCGGCGAAGGGAUCUAUUUCUCCCAGUGCUCCAGAACAACGAGUAAUUGCCAGUGUCACAGACUGGAGCAAACUCAGCGCUGGAAGCAACUCGGCUCAAAUUACAUUCACUGCCACUGCCACUGGACAAGCCCCUCUGGUUGUACCUGUAAUGUUCUUUGCAGUAAAGAAUACACCUCCCAGUGGAUUCAAAGGUUUCGUGGAAGGCACAGGUGUCGUAUCAAUUGAAGCGGCGCAUGCCAGCCGAAAAACGACUGUUCAAGGAAUUUCCUGGACGGAACUCCCUGGACUUGGAAAAACGCUAUCCGCUGUUACUCCCAUGCCCCUGGGAGAUGUCAACUUUACUGCUGGUGCGGGGCCAACUUUGGAGUACGAUUUCGUAAACUUCAAUAAUAACGCAGCUGGUGAUAAUGUGACCGUGAUUGUUUACCUUUCACCAUCACUCAACUCGAACACGGACCAGCAACCUUUAGCAUACUCCCUUCAGAUUGACUCACAAGCUCCUGUGAAAGUUGUACCCAUUGGCCCUGAGGUACCCGGAGGCCUUCCCAAUGGGUGGGAUGGUAAUGAUGGAUGGGUUGCUAAUUCAAUUAUCACAACGCCGACAAAAUUCAGCGGUGUCCGCCCCGGUGCUCAUACAUUGAAGAUUUCAAUGAUGGAACCUGCUGUGGUGAUCCAGAAGAUUGUCAUAGACGCAGGUGGAUUACAACCAAGCUACCUCGGUCCUCCAGAAAGUAUUCAAGUUUGA